AUCAAUUAUUUAUGAAUUUAUAAACAACUAUAUUUGUUAAUAAAAUACCCCUAAUAGCCUAACCUAACUACGCGAACGGGCAGUUCCGUGACCGAGAAGCUAAACCGCCGGGGAGUUCUAGAACUGAAUCUAGGACAUAGUUGUUCUCUGCAUUUUAUCAGAGGUUGAGUAGUCUCUUAAUCUUCUAAAAUGGCCUACAUAGUAGACUUAAGAUCGGAUUGCGUAACGAAACCAACUAAAUCAAUGAAGCAUGCAAUGGUUAAUUCAGCAUUGGGAGAUGAUGUAUUUGGAGAAGAUCCAACUGUAAACAUGUUGGAGAGCAAAGUAGCAACUCUUUUAGGAAAACAGGCUGCUUUGUAUGUGCCCAGUGGGACUAUGUCUAACCUACUUGCUGUAAUGGUGCACUGCAAAAAGCGAGGCUCAGAGGCUAUUGUAGGAAAUCUCUCUCACAUUUACAAAUAUGAACAAGGAGGGGCAGCCCAUCUAGCUGGUGUUUUGCUCAGUACAAUACAAAACAAACCAGACGGUACCGUUGACCUAUGUGAGCUUGAAAAGAAAUUUCGUGGUGAUGACAUCCACGAACCAAUCACGUCAUUGGUUGCGAUUGAAAACACACAUAAUAGCUGUGGUGGAAAGGUGCUUCCCUUAGAAUGGGUCGACAAGUUAUCAGAAAUAUGCAAGAAACAUUCUAUCCCGUUGCACAUGGAUGGAGCGAGAAUGAUGAAUGCCAGUAUAGCAUUAAAGGAACCACCUUCGAGGCUGGUUCAGGGGUGUGACAGCAUCUCCAUCUGCUUCAGCAAAGGUCUCUCUGCUCCGGUUGGGUCAUGUCUAGUCGGUUCUUAUCAUUUUAUUGAACAAGCUCGCCGCCUCCGCAAGAUGCUUGGGGGAGGAAUGCGGCAAGCGGGGGUUAUAGCUGCAGCGGCGGUGGUCGCUUUGGACGAAGUCAUGCCGCUCUUGGAGUUCGACCACAAGCGAGCGCAGAUAUUGGCUAAGACUAUUCACGGCCUGCAGCUGAAGAAUUUCUUAGUAGAUGUGUCAGGAGUCCAUACUAACAUUGUUAUGGUGAAUAUAUCUAAAGAUAUUCCGCUUCAGGCUGAACAGCUGGUGCAAAGAUUGCAGCAGGUCUCCUUGGAUGAGACGCAGGGCGACUGCAAAACAUCGAACGACGAAGGCGUUAUUGUAAAAGCUGUGAGUUUUUCCGAUAAAAUAAUGCGGUUAUGCUUACAUGCGGACAUAACUGAUGAAGAAUUGUGGAUGGCCAUCAUGAAGAUUACUUUUGUCUUUAAACAGUUGGACGCACAUUACAGCACUAAGUAGGUUUAUGAGGAAGCAGUUAAAUCAACUAAUCACGGACAAUAAUUGCUCAAUAUUAAUUUGCCUAUGUUAAUAAAAAAAAAAAAAAUUACUAUUUUUAUAUGUAUCCAUGUUAAAAAUAUCCAUAGAAAUUUGUUUACAAAGGUAAUAGCUACUUUUAGUGUGACUAGUUGCAAUUAUUUUAUUUUGAAUAUCUUGACGCAUUGGUUUAAUUGUAAGAAUUAAUAACUCGAAUAUUGAACUAAAUACUUUAUUGACACAUCCAAUUAUAAUCCUAACCUGAAAUGGCAAUUAGCUAGUAAACAUAAUAAUGUAAUUGAUCUAUGUAAAAAGCAUUUACUUAAGCAUUUGCAGUAAAUAGAAAGGACUGACGGAAAAUACUUUGUGAUUUUUACUUGUCUUUACCUUUAUCAGUCCUUAUAAUCAAUUACUAUAAUUCCAUGACAACCAUCAUAUUUUUAGAAUUAAAUAUAAAUUGUUAAAUAUUUUUGUGAAUUAUGUUUUGUCUGGAUGUCAUUAUUGUGAUGUAUAUAUAUUUGUUAUGACUAAUAUGUUUAAUAAAUGUUAUUAUACA